CAGCUAUACCCCCGGCCGGCAGGUGGCGGUACAGGAGACAAACCGAGUUCGGUCUGUGUUUACAUGUGUCCGAGCUAGUUUGUAGUGAGCGAUGAGGUCAGUGCGGCUGCUGCUCCAGUCUCCAUCAUGGUCAAACAGCAGAGGAAGACAGACAGGUGUUUUCUGCCUGCAGCAGGUAACAACGUGGCACGGGUUCAAUUCCCUGUUGGCCCCAUACACAGCGCGCCACCUCCACCUCAGCAGGUGUCACGCAGGAAGUGGGUGGGCACAGGCACAGAAAAUGCUGACAGCCAGCUGUGCAGCAGCAGCGCCACAACCACCGCAGCAGAGGAGAGAGGAGACCUAAAAGCUGACAGAGGUUCAGGAGAGAUGGGGCCAAAGAGGGCGAGGCUGGAUGGAUCUGAGGAGGCUGCACCUCUGACAAGUAGAGAGCAAGUCCUGGGGUCAUGUGAUCAACCAGGAAGUGAGAGCUGCUCUGCAGGAGGUGGUGUUUUACCCAGAGGGCUUUCUCCAGACCAGCAGGGGGCAGCAGAGUACAGUGAGGACAGCAGAGCGGCUGAGCUGCAGAGUGUGGGGUCACUAAAGGUCACCAUCCAACAGAGCAGUGAGAGCAGGGAGUUUGGACAGACAGCAGACAGACAGACUGGGGGACUCCACUGCCACGUCUGUAACCUCACCUGCCGCUCUCUGCAGGUGUUUCAGGAGCACAUGUCAGAAGCAGAACACCUGAACAAACUGCAGGAGCUCACACACUCCAUCUGCAUUAAUGCUCACACACUGCAGGACAGGAGGUGUCGGCCUGCCGCUCAGCGCUGGUGUGACACCUGUCAGGCUCACUUCAGCGGUGACGUGAUCGCCCAUCGACGAAGCAGCCAGCACAAGAUGUGUAAGCAGCUGUGCCGUCCCUUCUGUCCCGUGUGCAAGCGUAAGUUCAGGACUCCCAGGAAGUUUGUGGAGCACAUGAAGUCUCCAGAACACAAACAGCAGGUGCACCUGCAGGAGGCUCAGGAGGAGGAGCUGAUCACUGUGGACGCUGUGGGCUGCUUCGAGGGGGAGGAGGAGGAGCAGGAGGAGGGAGUAGAUGUCGCUGAGGAAGAAGAUGAUGUAGGAAAAGAGGAGGAAGUGUUGGAGACAGCUGACCCAGAGGGGACAGACAGCGACGAGUACGACCCCCACACCACCUACGGAAGUAGUUUUGUGGUCCCUGUGUCUGGCUUCUUGUGUCGACUCUGUAACAAGUUUUUCUCCAGAGAGACGACAGCACGACACGCACACUGCAGGACACGUGCACACUUCCUCAGCCUGCAGAGUCACAGAGCUCAGAGGAGACGCUGUGCAGGAGGGACGAGGAGAGAGGCACAACAUGUAGACAAGGACCCAUCUGCCCUAAGCUGACCUGCUCAGACCAUGUCCCACAAUGCACCUGUGGGUGCUGGUGAUGCACUGACGAUGAUGGCUUCCCACAGUCGGGCUCCCUCGUGUCUCCAGAACUUUAACUUCAGAACAGACCCACACAUCAGCAUUCAACGGGUCCACGUGUGUGCGCGCACGGGUUUCGCUGGCAAAUGUUUGGCGAGUGUUUGACUGCUCACCGUAUCUGAGGGGCUGCUGGAGGACCUGCACCUCAGAGUUUAACUGAAGUCCCGAAAUCUCACGUUGUGUCCUGGACAUCUGAAUGUCUCUUAUUAAAGGACCAGGCUGGUGUUUUUUUGUCUGUAAACACCUAAAGAAACCAAACCAACAGUAACUGUCCCACGGUGCUGUGUGUGUGCAGGAGCUCAGAGCCGCCCUCUACUAAAAUACAACUGUACAUUCUAGUCAUAUAGUACUGUGAGGAGAGUUCUUUUAAAAACCUUAACUAAUUCUAUCCAUAUCUACUUAAAAAUAAAAAUCACCCUAACAGUACCCUUCAAAAAAAGUCUGAUUGCUUUCUGUAGUGUGGAGAGCUGCAGAAACCAGUUUCUCUGAAUUUGAUUUCCAUUUAAAAUGAUGUGGAAAUGAGCAUGUUGAUUUGCAGGUGACUGUGUACAAAGGGAGGAGAGGCUCCGCUGAAAUAAAGCAGCAGCACUGGAGGCAUUUUAUUUUAGGCAGAAACAUCACAUGUUCCAGGUCAUACACUAAACUCCAGCUGGGUGUAGAGGAAUGGGGCACCGUCAGUCCUGAGAAUGAGGCACUUCAGGAGAUGUUUGGCUGAGUGGUUUUCUGUAUCUGCUCCAUUCUCCCAGCUAUGAAGAAUCACAACAGGAGCUUUUGCACCUCGGCUCCACACUGCAACUUUGUACUGAAGGAAAAGCUGCAGCAUUGAAAAGAGACUGAGCCAUAAAAUAAACAGAGCUGCAGGAAAAUGUAAAUGUACUGUCCUGACACAGUGAUGUCAGCAGGUGGCCAUGCAGUACAUGGUACGUACCUUACUGUAAAAACGAGAGAGAAUCGGGCCAGGGAAACCUUUAAACAACCUUUAAGUGCAUUUAAAACAAUUCGACAUCACCUAUAAUCCAACAGAUUGUUGAUUUGCUGUGCAUUUAUUAAUGAUUUUUUAAUUUAAUGUUGCAAAAAUAAUUAAACAAUGGGAGCAAGUUGAGCAGGUCUGAGUACCUCCUGCACAGUGCAGCCUUUUAUACAUGGAUGGAAGUUAAACGUUUAAUCUACAGUAGAUAAACCUCAUCAUCAGUGAGCCGUGGGCGUCCAUGACCCUGUCUCCAGUUCAC